UCGUUUAUAAAAUUUUUAAAAAUGGUGAAAACAAAUUUUCCUCUAUAUAGAAACAAGUUAUAUGAGAUCCUGAUCAAUUGUCCGGAUGGAGUUCGAAAAUGUCGGUGGUAGUGAAUAGACGCUAGCGUCUCCGUCUCCGUCCACCUAUUUCAUCUCACUUUAGUGUUAUUCAAAAAUUAAGUGUUUAUUUAAUUUAAUUAAGAUGAAGAAUUAACUUCAUCCAAUUUUUAAAGUGUUAUUUUGUGCGAAUUGUUCAACUGAUUAAAUAACGAACUUAGGCUACUAUUAACCACGAGGCUAUACGUCAUCCUAACCUCACAAUCAUUACUGCUUAAUAUAAAUUAAAUCCAUACGCAUCGAUUUGAAGAGGAUUCUAUUAUCCUUAUAAUUAUUGAAAAAGAGAAUCUAAGAUUUCUAUACUAAUGGGGAAGUGAUGUAUUUUCUACAAAAUUAUAGACAAAAAGGAAUACCUCUCUACAAAACACGAGGCAACAUAACCCCAUAACGUCUAUCUACAACAACUUACAUUACUUGUGCAUUUAAUGGAUAUUCAUGAUUUCCGUCUAACUAAUAAAUAUGGACAACCAGGAGGAAUGUGUUUUGGUGAACGGAGAAGUGAUGCGGGAUCCAACUCGGCCUAGUCACUUGACGAGAGGUGAUACUGAUUUGUCUCAACGAGAAAGAGUUCAGUCAGCAGCUGAUGACCGGACCCAUGGUCUACCUAAUGAAUCGGCUUUUAAUUUAAAUUUUGAUCUUUCUACCGGUGGCAACCCACAGUUAUUACCUCAACAAGACACUUCCACACCCCAAUCCUCGGUAAAUCCAAGUGGUAAAAGACUGAGAAAUUCACCCGGUUCUGAUUCUUCUUCUAACGGUUCCUUUUUCCACGCUCCAAAAAAGACUACUUUGGUGGAUAACGAUUCUCUUCUUUCUCUCCAACUCGAAUCAGUGAUUCAAAUUGAUAAACAUAACAUUGAUGCAGUUCCCAAGAUCAAUGAAGAGGCUACCUUAUGGGACAAAAAUGACCUCGAAUGGUACAAUGAAUCUGUACCAUCUCUAUACACUUCCAAUAGUCCAGCCCCCUUUGUAGUUCUGGUUGAAAGUACUAUUAGGGGCAGAAAUAUAGGUAAAUUAGAUCCAAUUUGUGUUAUUGACCUUCUUACCCCCCUAAUUCACGGUAAAAAACUCAUUACUAGAAAUGGCCAAAAUCAAGUCAAGGUGGUAUGCGACUUUUGGCAGAGUGCCAACGACCUUGCCCAAUCGCGUGAUCUUGUUACUGCUGGAUAUAGAGCAAUAAUCCCUGACUCCUUCCUACGAAAAAAGGGAUUUACCACCUGGUUCCCUUGGGACAGAUCUGUCAAGGACAUAGUUAGAGUGUGCUCCUCAAAGGACUUGGAGAGCAUUGCAAGUAUUAGAAGAUUAGUAAAUGAGGAUAAUACUAUCCAGGACAAAAUUGAAUUCACUUUCGAAUCUCCUACAGUCCCACGAUAUAUCCAAUUGGGGGAAUUUAUGAUUCAAAUCACCCCUUCAAUUCAACACCCUCGCCGAUGCUUCCGUUGUCAGCGAUUUUGUCAUGAUAUGAAUCAAUGUAGGUCAACUUACCCUAGCUGUGAAUUUUGUGCUGGUAGACACUUGACUAGAUUUUGUCCAAACGGUCAUCUCCCACCGAAAUGCAAGAAUUGCAAAGGUCUUCAUCUAGCUUCCUCUUCCGAAUGCCCUGUCUAUAAAUUUGAAUUUGGUAUUCUCAAACAUAGAUACAGUACUAACUGCAAUAGGGAUGAAGCUAAGUUAUUGUUCUUCUCUGAGAACCCAGAUCUGACCAACAGAGUAACAGCGAGAGAGGAAUCUUUCUCAAAUUCCUCAAAUGAUUUACCUGCUAAUUUGAAUAUUGAUGUUCCCAAACCCACAUUCUCGAAAAACUUCCAAAUUGAUGAAGUGACUAACACAGAUCAAGAUCAAGUCAUCCAAAUCUCUAAGGAUAUGAGUGCAUAUAAAAUUGACGAAAAACUUCAAGCUGUUAACUCAUUGAUUGAUCUCAAUGAUUCACGUUCAGCCUUAAUAGACUCUUUGCAAGAGAACUUGAUCUCUCCGCUAAAGGAGACCCACGGAGCAUCUUUUGCUUUUCUCAGAAAGUAAAACGAU